CGUAAAGAAUUAAAGAAAAACAAAAAACGACAUUUAGACAAAGAAUCAGGAAUCGGCAGAGGAAUUGAUUUUCAUUUAGUCCCAAAUGUUAUAAAUUUUGAUUUUCCUUUAUCUACUGAUAUGUAUGUGCACAGAGUUGGAAGAACUGCUAGAGGAUUUAACAAAGGAACAGCAAUUUCUUUUUGUUUGUUAUCAGAACAAGCAUUGUUUGAACAAAUUAGACAAGAAGUUAAUGAAAGAAUGGGACAACCCGUUCUUCGCCCUUAUCAAGUCCGUAUGCAGGAUUUUGAAGGAUUUCAAUUAAGAGCUAGAGAAGUUUUAGCUGCUUGUACACGGGCUGUUAUUAGAGAGACAAGAAUGGCAGAAAUUCGAGAUGAAUUACUCAAAUCAAAACGUUUAGACGCUUAUUUUGAAAAAAAUCCUCGUGAAAGAUUAGCCUUUGAACAAGAUAAAAAACAAUAUAAAUUGAAAAUACAUAGCCCAGCAAUAGCAGAUGUUCCCGAUUAUUUAGUUCCUAAAGCUUUGAGAGGUCAAAAAUUCUCUGAAACAUAUAAAUCACCAAAUAUAGUAAAUAAUAAUAGAAGAAAAAGGAAAAGAUCGGGAAAACAAUUUUUUGUUGAAAAUGAAGAAGGAAAAAAUAAUGAAAAUGGGGAAAAUCAAAAAAGAAGAAAAUUUAAUAAACAAAAAAAUGAAAAGAAUUUUGCUAAAAGAAAUUUUCAAAAGAAGAUGGCUGAUCCGUUACAGAGUUUUAAAAUUUGAGAAAAAAAUAUUGUUUUUAAAUUAUUUUGUUAUUUU